GAAGUCUGGGACGAAAAUUACAUUUCUAUGGGCAGAGCGCGAACACACCGCUGGUUCUUGCUGAAUAGUCCGAGUCAUUUAAAUAUGUGUUUAUCUGAUAACCAACAUGAGGCGUCUCGUACAAAGAUAUAUUUUUAAACGGAACAGCCUAUGUAUGUCGUGUUUCUACAUUGGUGAGCCCUCCAUUUUCUGCUAAAAGCCUGCCGUGGAGCGGUUGUCAGACAGGCCGCGAAUCGGGUCUUGUUGUUGGGAGGAGACCAUCCAGAAUCGCCUCCCUGCUAACGUUAGCAACUAUUAGCUGGCUAAGAUGCGCUGUUGCUGCUGGUGUAUUUUCUACACGGCAGGCCAAUGUAAAGCGAGGCAGGUCCUUGGAUAAUUAUUUACCCCGACAAAACUGAAGGGUGACUUGGAGAUACACCACACCUUUCAAGAUGGAUGUUGAGUUGUGUGCUGGCGGGGACAGUACGAGGAGAAAAGUGGAUCUGGCUGGGGUUGCAGAAGGCACAAUAGACGUUGUACCACUGGAGAUGUACGAUUCCGCCAGAGCAAAAAUAGCUGCCAACCUGCGGUGGCUGUUUGCCAAAGCCUAUGGCAUUGAUCAUAUUCCAGAAGAUCUAAGGGACCCAUUCUACACAGACCAGUACGAGCAGGAACACAUCAAGCCGCCUGUCAUCCGCCUGCUGCUGUCCUGCGAGCUUUACUGCCGUGUUUGCGCCCUCAUCCUUAAGACGGAGCAGGCAGCGUCUCUUCAGUCCCACAUGUCCGUCAUCCAGUCUCUGUCCAGAAAGGGCAUUUAUGUUGUGGAAAGUGACGAUACACCUGUCACAGAUGAAGACCUUGCCUGUGUGCCCAUCAAAAUGAGUGCUCACAUGCCCAUGAUCGAUGCCCUGAUGAUGGCUUACACAGUGGAGAUGAUCAGCAUUGAGAAAGUGGUGGCUUCUGUCAAACGCUUCUCUACCUUCAGUGCCUCCAAGGAGCUGCCCUUUGAUCUGGAGGACGCUAUGGUCUUCUGGAUCAACAAGGUUAACAUGAAGAUGAGGGAGAUUACAGAAAGGGAGCACAAAGUCAAACACCACCCGUUGGAGUCCCCCAGCCAUCAAAAGUCUCCCUCCAAAUGGUAUUGGAAGCUAGUCCCUGUACGGUAUCGUCGGGAGCAUGCUUCAGGCCGACAGCUGCCCUUCUUCCCUCUGCUGGAAGACCUGAUGAGGGAUGUUUGUGAUGGAGCUGCAAUGCUCACUGUGGUAAACUACUACUGCCCAGACCUCAUGAAGCUGGAGGAUAUUUGCCUGAAGGAAGUCCCCUCGAUCGCUGAUAGCCUGUACAACAUCCGGCUACUCAAAGAGUUUUCCAAUGAGUAUCUGAAUAAAAGUUUCUAUCUGACAACGGAAGACAUGCUCUACUCGCCGCUGGUGCUCAAGCACAAUGUGAUGGUGUUCAUUGCUGAACUCUUCUGGUGGUUUGAGACUGUCAAGCCAGAGUUUGUCCAGCCCAGAGAUCUCCAAGAGUUUAAAGAUGCUCGAGCCAUAGCUCAGCCCAAGAGUGCCCGUCCAUCAGUGCCUAUUUCCAAUGCCACCAAGCGCAGCUUCCUGGCCAGCCCUGGUGUGGCCGAUAACCAUAGCAGUCCUGAAGUCUGUAACAGGUACUUCCUGCACCCUGAAGACACUGACCCCCUUAAAGGGGGUCCAACAUUCAGUCCUUCCCACCCACUCCUGCCUCUCCGACAGAGGCAACAAAAGCAGCAAGGAGAAGAUGUUUCAGGUCUUAGAAACCGCUCCAACUCCCUGACUCAAAUGGACGGACAACCCAGAGGCUCUGUUGUUGCAUGGCCCGACAAGAGGCAAAGACCACUGUCUACAUUGAGCCCCUACAUGUUGCUAUCAGCCACAGACAGUGAUGCAGACAUUGCUUCUGGUGACAGUGUGAGUCUGGCUCGCUCCAUAAGUAAGGACAGCUUGGCGUCCAAUGCCAUAAACGUCACACCCAAACACCAGAUAUCUGUCCACCAACCAUCACAGGCUGCAAUGCGCAGAGUCAACGGCCACAGCCUCCUGGGCAAUGUCAACGUUGAGGACGAGGAAGAAACCCUGGUGUCAGUUGCCAGAAGUGAUGUUCCCGUCAUUGCCAAACGUGUUGACGGGACGCAAGUAACUGCCACCGUAGGACCCAAAUCUUUUACUGAGUCCAAACCUGACCCAGAUAGCUUUUACCUAGAACCACUGAUGCCUUCUGUGAUGAAAACAGCUAAAGAGAAGUCUGUAUGCCUAAACAAGGAGGAGGAGAGUGGUGAGGCGCCCCACUCUUCAGGAAGGGGCUCUCUACGCCGAGGAGAUGGAUCUACAUCGGCCGUUCGUAGGAAAGCUCCCUGCAGCUUGAACCAUACCUUUACUCCUCCGGGUGAGCAGGUAGACUUGUCAGAGGAGCCUCAACAGGGUCAGGCGGAUUUCAGCCCAAUUGUUACCAGCAGUGUUGACCCCUCAUCCAGAGAGCCAGCUGGGGGUUACUACCUUCAUUCAGAUUCUGAAGAACCAAAGUCUGACCAGGGCCUGGAUGCUGAGCUUGAAGACAUGGAUGAAGAGGAUCUGGAUGAAGCUUUUACCACUAAAGACCCCAACUGGCACAGGAAGACCUUCAAUAAAGAAGAAGAAGAAUCAGCCAAACUCCAAGAAGACAUGAAUGUGAAAGAGCAUGAGGACAAAGACAUGAAUGGUGGCAGCGGUCGCUCCAGCCCCUGUCUCAGUGCUCAGUCCCAGGCAAGCAGCAUGGCCAGUGGCAGUGUACGCAUGACCUCCUUUGCUGAGCGCAAAGCCCAGCAGCAGCGCUUUGGCAGCAACCACGACCUACGCUCCAGUGCCUCCAGCUCCCAAAGGACCACUCCAGAUGGGUCAGAGAGCAGCGGACCUCUGUCUUCCUCCUGGAGGCUUAAAAGGGACCAGAGCCCCUCCUCACCCUUGGGAGGGUGCACUCGUACUGGUGAUGGUAGCGGUGGUUCUAAUAUACUGGCUUCUGAGAUUGUCCAGCUCCGUAUGCAGCUGGAGGAGAAACGACGUGCCAUUGAGCACCAGAAAAAGAAGAUGGAAGCGCUGUCAGCAAGACAGAGGCAGAAGCUGGGAAAGGCAGCCUUUCUGAACAUUGUUAAGAAAGGUGGAGGCAAGAGUGACACUUUACCCAACACACUUAAAGCUGACAUGUCUAAGGACGAGCUCAAUGGGGAGAAAGCACCGUCAAGUAAAGAUGAUAUGUGUGUUGAUGCCAUCAGAGGGGACAAAGUGGUGGCGGCAUCUAACCUGCCAGGUGCCUUAAAAGCAGACAAGAAAGGGACAAGCGGUAGCUUCUAUUUAGAAGAAGAGUUGGACCUGAAUGAGUGCAGCCGCUCCAUCGAUCUGUUGAACGACGCUAUCGGCAGUAUCCAGCAACAAAUGAUGCAACUGUCACUGCAGCAGGAGAUGUUGAUGAAACAGAAUGUACAGUCCCCCUCUGGUGCAACUCCACCUCCUUCUGUUACCAGCGGCAAAAAUGGUGACUCAAAGGCGGGGGCAAGUUUUCACUUUGUGGAGCACCUCUCUAACACUGGCACCGCUCCCACCAGGAAACCCCCCAAACUGAGCUCGGGCCGGGGCUCCAGGUCCAAACCAUCAGAGCUAAAGGUAUCCAAGGAGCAGAGCUGGCAGGCCUCCAGGACCCUCACCCCCAUCCAGAGUGGGUCAGAUACAUUACCACACCUAAGGCAGUUAGCUGGGGGCAGGUCCCCCAGGGCCGACCAAGUUGACAGCCUCAGAAACCCCACAGCAGGAGAGACAAUCGACAGGCCAGGCCACGUUCGUAGUGUCAACUUCCGCCUUCACGACGAGGCAAACAUGCGCCUGCCAACCCGCGUGGACCUGAAGGCAGUGGCUGUCCCAGAAGUGUCCUUUGACGAGUGCCUGUCCAGCACCCUUAGAGAGUCUGAGCUCAACUCCUCAGACGGUUCAGGGAAAGAGAAUAUACCAUCAGACGAGGUGCAGCGCAACAAAUCACACCUAAUUGAGGUCGAUCUGUCAGAGCUGAAAGCCCCGGAGGAAGAGGAGGCUGCUGAGGACACGACGACAGAAGGAGUUGAUGGAGAGCAGAGGUCAGGCAUGGGCUUCUUCUUCAAGGAUGAGCAGAAGGCGGAGGAUGAGCUUGCUAAGAAGAGAGCAGCGUUCUUGCUGAAGCAGCAGAAGAAAGCUGAGGAGGCUCGACUCCGUAAACAACAACUAGAAUCAGAAUCGGAGCUGAAACGAGACGAAGCCAGACGGAAGGCCGAGGAGGACCGCUUGCGUAAAGAAGAGGAGAAGACACGGCGGGAGCUGAUAAAGCAGGAGUAUCUGCGGAGAAAGCAGCAGGAGAUGUUGGAGGAACAAGGUCUUGUGAAGCCAAAAACCCCCAAACUGAAGCAGAAACACAGACCCAAGUCUGUGUUCAGAGAGGAAUCCUCCAGUGAUCAUUUCUCAAAGGGCUCUUCCACACCUGACAACCUGAGCAACGCCCAAUCAGGCUCCAGUCUGUCUCUGGCCUCAGCUGCGACCAACGAGGCUGACAGCGUCAACUCAGGAGGGGCUGGCUCUCAGCGCUGUGACUCUGUGGAGUCGUUUCCAGGCACCCGUAAUAACAGUCGAACUGCCGAAAGAGACUGGGACAACGGCUCCACUGCCUCUUCCAUCGCUUCCAUGGCUGAAUAUACUGGUCCCAAACUAUUCAAGGAGCCCAGCUCCAAGUCGAAUAAGCCAAUCAUUCACAAUGCAAUCUCCCACUGCUGCCUGGCAGGAAAGGUCAAUGAGCCUCAGAAGAACCAGAUCCUAGAGGAGUUGGACAAGUGCGAGUCCAACCACCUGAUGAUCCUGUUUCGUGACGGUGGCUGCCAGUUCCGGGCGCUCUACUCGUACUUCCCCGACACCGAAGAGAUACAAAAGCUGACAGGAACAGGACCCAAGAGCAUCAGCAAGAAGAUGAUUGAUAAGCUGUACAAGUACAGCUCAGACCGGAAGCAGUUCACCGUCAUCCCUGCCAAGACUGUGUCAGUGAGCGUGGACGCCCUGACCAUCCACAACCACUUGUGGCAGGCCAAGAGGGGUACUGUGCCAAAGAAAAGUGGAAAAUAGCAGAGAACUGGAUUUGAAACCCUCCAUCAUCCGAAUCAUCCUCAUCUUGCUUUUUUCCUGAAUAGACUGCAUUGAUGCCCACAGCCAAGCUCGCCAUGCUCAGUUUGAAAACCUACUUGGGAGAGGCCAAAUUCAUGUACUUCUGGUCUUCUGUAGGUGGACCCAGGCAGAAACAUGGGAAAAGGUAUGUGUGUGUGUGUGUGUCACAGGUGGUCUGAGGGACUGGUGCUGGCAACAAAAAGGGAAACGCCAGCUGAAUUAGCUUCUUCUCCCUUUGAUCUUAGUGCAAUCUGUUUUGGUUUCUUUUGGUCCGGCUCUGUUUUUAAACAACCACGACUCAAGCAUGUGGCAUUUUUUUUUCUCUCUGUCUCUCCCAUAUGUGGUGGAUGUCCAUUCUUUUCCACAAAGUAUUUAUUAGUUCAGCACUGUCAUGGUCUAGAGCUCAGCUGCAGCACCAUUGUCCUUUCUUUUCCCGGAAGCACCUGUCCUUUGGACGAAUUCAGACAAAAUGAGGGGACAUUGGGGGAAUUUUGUUGCUGUUUUAAAAAAAUCUGAAACAAGGGACCUCUGUUCAACCCUUUAGGACUGUUGGACUGCCUUGCUGUCCCAUCUAAAAACUACAAUCUCUUCCUGCGUGGACUGUCAAAUCUGUUGAAUCAGGCUGGCAUUGCCGAUUUUGCCUCACCAGGGAUCUCCAAAAAAACCUGCUGCUCUGAACUGUCUUCUUCUUUUGUCACGGGGGAGCUCCUCACGUCUCCCUCAGACAUCCGUUGGCCUUUUACGCAUCGUGGUACUAUCGUCAAUUUUUUUCAACCGCUUUUUAAACUGUCGAUCGUGUAGCACUAAAUAUGUGUAUAGAAAAAAAAAAAACUAAAAAAACGGUCAUUUUAAAUACUUUUAUUUGUCAAAAACAUCCUUUUCUUCGAAGGUGUCAAAAGAGGGUCAAUGAUCUUGGUCUUUGUGCAGAAAUUAGGCGCUUUUUUGGUUUUGUUUCAGCUUUUAUUUUUAUUAUGAUUAAAGCAAUGCGGUGUAGAGUCUGAGCUGAUGUUAUGUGUUUUCAUCAUAACGGGAAUUCUCUGAUGUUUAGAGCUUAGGUGUGUUUUCUCUCCACUGGGCACUCUUGAAUUGUCCUGUAUAAAGGUGCACUCAUAAACACUGGCUUCUUUCAUGCAAUGUAUCUCUCUCCUUCCAUCCCAGAGUGUUUUUGUUGGCCUGUCCCAUCUUUAACCACAAGAGAGGCACACACACUCUUGUUGUGAAGGGUGUUUUUGCACCUCUCUGUUACCGCUUUGAAUGACAGUAUUUGAUAUAUUCACAAAGGGAGUUUCUGUGUGGGCGGGACGGGGGACUGUGGUUCAGUUAUAUACCAACAUUAAAGAACAUUCCUCCAAGAUGUUAACAAACACUGCCACAUCGUCUCUCUCUUCUCUCUGUCUUUUCAAAAAAA